AUCAGAGUGAGUACGAUACUACCACUAUUUGCAGUUAGAUGCUUUCUGUUGAACCCAAAGUUCGUCUGCAGGCCAGGGCAGCAGUUGCUGAGAAGAUACGUUUGAAGUGUGCUACAAAACUGGUUGUGACAACAUGGCUGCAUCAGCUGCUGUCAGGAGGGCAGCGGCCGUUGUCUUCCUCAUCACAGUCCUCUCUACAAAACAAACAUACAGCAAACACACAAAUGUAGUCCUUGUUGGAGCUACAGGGGAUCUGGCUAAGAAAUAUCUAUGGCAAGGCUUCUUUGACUUGUACCAGGCAGAACAUGCAGAGGGAAACACCUUUUCUUUCUAUGGAGGGGGUAGGAAUAAUGUAGAGGCAGGCGGGCCACUUUUACAAGAGAUCGUAACAGAGAGUAGGAAAUGUUCCACCGAGAUUGAUAGUUGUAUUCAGCACAGGGAAAACUUUGUUGAAAUGGUGAAAUACCAUAGACUGAAGUCGGAAGACGACUACACAGAACUGUGCAAAACCAUUGAAGAGAACCUCAAGCAAUCAGAGCUAGAAGAACGUGGCAGAUUCUUCUACCUCUCGGUGCCUCCGUUUGCUUAUCCGAGUGUUUCUGCCAACAUACACAAGUUCUGCAGGCCUAAGGAACCUGAGGCUUGGUUGCGAGUCGUGGUGGAGAAACCAUUUGGACACGACCUACAGUCCGCAGAAGAACUGGUGGAGAGUUUGUCAGAGUUCUUCUCAGAGGAAGAGCUGUACCGGGUGGAUCACUACCUGGGGAAGCAGGCGGUGGAGGAGAUCUUGCCGUUCCGGCGAGGGAACUGGGACCUGGAGGCCAUGUGGAACACGGAGCAUGUAGAGCGGGUGGAGAUAGUCAUGAAAGAGACCAUUGAUGUGAAAGGUCGACUGAGCUUCUUUGACAGCUAUGGCAUAAUCAGGGACGUCCUUCAGAACCACUUGACUGAAAUCCUGACUCUGGUUGCCAUGGAUACGCCACAGAGAGGUAACCUCAGUGACUUCCAGCAAAAGAAGCUGGACCUUUACAGCCAAAUCCAACCUUUAACUUCAGAGGGCUCUCUCAUUGGUCAGUAUGAAGAAUACAACAGCCAAUGGCAGGAAGAGUUGAAAAAGGAAGACAAGGACAGCAGCCAAUCAGCAACUUUUGCUGCAGUGGUCUUUACCAUAAACAGUGACAGGUGGAAGGACGUGCCAUUUGUAGUUACGGCCGGUAAAAAGCUAGACGAGAGAGUUGGAUAUGUCAGAGUUGUGUUCAGGAAGCUGCUAGCUGAUGAAAACUGUAUAGAAAGGGCAUGUCCUCACAAUCAGGUGAUUUUCCAUAUUGGACAUGGCAAACUUAAAGUCCCUGCAGUGCUAGUCUCAAAGGGCCUUCCCAAACCAGUAGUGCCAAUGGGGUGGGUUGAGUAUGAACCACCUGCAGACAUGGAGAUUUUCGAUCUCCCCGCCAGUGCCUAUCAUGUCUACUCCCCCGAAGUCAUCAGGGAUGCGUACAGUUCCCUUAUUGAGUCCGUGUACCGUGGCCAGAGUGACCGUUUCGUCAGCUCCCCACACUUGCUCGCGUCUUGGAGAAUCUGGACUCCUCUCCUGAAAGAACUGGAAGAAAAGGAACCAAGGAAAUACCCUGGUGGAAAGGAAGACUCAACACUGCAGUACGUGUUAGUUGAUGACAAGUUGUAUUUCCUGUCAGAUCUCAUAGUUGAUAGAAGUGAUGCAUUUGCAUUCUCAACAUCCUCUUCGACCGGUACUUUGAACCUGGCUACUCUACCAUCCUUGUUUAGGGGUCAAAGGUUAGUCUCAGGGGAAAGCGACAAAGUCAUCACUCAACUUGCCAACGAUAUCAAAGACAUAGCCUUACAAACUCUCCAAACAAAAGAGCUUUUCCACAUCGCAUUCUCGGGUGGUAAGAGUCCCCUAAAGCUGCUUAACUACCUUGUCCUGGAGUCGGAGAGGAUGGGGUUCCCAUGGAAACAGACCCUUAUUUGGUUUGUGGAUGAGCGAUGCGUCCCCCACAACGACGAGAGGUCAAACUUCCACUUUGUGGAAAAGAAUCUCCUGCGCUACCUCGACAUCCCAAUGUACAAUGUGAACCCCAUGCCAGUGGGUGGGGCUUAUGAAGAGUGUGACGUGAACGGGGCAGACCAACAUCACAGCAAAGUCUCAAACAUCCUCGACGGUGCCUUUGACUACGUCUUACUAGGGGUGGGGUCCGACGGACACACAGCCUCCCUCUUCCCAGGAUCCCCUGCACUGCAGGAGCGAGAAAAGUAUGUCGCAAUCACCGACGCAACAGGAGACGUGGAGGUCAAACAGAGAAUGACCUUGACGUUUAAGUCAAUCAACAAGUCAGGGAAUGUUGGAGUUCUCCUCCUUGGAAAAGGGAAGCAUGGCAUUGUUAAGAAGCUGCAGGAUGGAGGGGUUGAUGUGGAGAAGUUACCCAUAACUGGAGUUAAGCCAAAGCAGGACAGCAUGACUUGGUACAUAGACCACCAAGCCCUCUUUGGGCAGUAGAUUACUUUGAGUUUCAGUCAGUCUUCUAUGAUCCAUUCUCCAAUCUCAUCCGCAGCCUAUACAAUAUAUAUACCUUUGAAGGCUCUGCUAUAAAACUGAGCUGGGGUUUCCACUUUUGUGGGUGUGUCCUCUGACCAGUUGUUUAGCAGAGCCCCCAAGAUAUAUUGUAUAGGUGGUGGGCAAGGUUUUGCAUAGGAGAACGAUAAUAUCCUAGUGUGUGAAGUGCCAUUACCCGUAAUCAUAGAACUGCUUCUCUUCGAUCUGAAAUCCAAAUUGUUCCAAUUAAUAAGAAAACACAAGAGGACUGCUACAUGUCAACUAUGCAAUUUGAUAUUUUUAACAAUGACUUUUUAAUGAUGUUUACCACAUUUUCUUCAAGGAUUGGAAUCGUAACACUGUAUGAUACCAAGGUCCUUGAUGAUACAAACUAAAGUUGAUUCAAAGAUCAUGGAUCACAAGUUGAUGUCCAAAAUUUCAUAUCUAGACUAGCUUUUGUAAUGAAAAUUGCCAUGCUGCUAUUUCUCUGUAUAUAUGGCCUUGCUUUUCCAAAAUUCUCAGCCAGCCCUGAGUUCCAGUGAUUGUCACAUAUUUGAUGAAAGUGUUGACAAAUAUAAUCAACAGUACCAGGACCAUGGUAUUGGCAGCUAGCAGGAAAAAUUAUUGCAGUCAUAUCCUGUAGGCAAAAUAAUGUGCCAUGUACUCUGUAGUUUUGUGUGGAUCAUAAAAAAAUCGACAAAAGGGAAUGUCCCUUUUGAGUGUAUUGUAAUCUAUGGAUCAUGACUGUCCAUCACAAUUAGCAGUUUGACCAAUGAUAGCAUGCCAAUUAGCAGUUUGACCAAUAAGAGAUUGGCUGAAUGUCUGUAAAAUAUGUGUGUAUGUUUUUAUUUUACAUUUACACCUUUUGACUGGGCUGUGUGAUCAGGUCUAUCCCAGGUCUAGACAGAAUAAAAAGAUGAAUUUUAAUGCUGUGUUACCCAUCAAAUUUUCUUCUAGUUCUAAGUCUAAUUCUGAUCUUGACACAAUAACAACCCAGGGCAUGUGCACAUAAACUUUAUUUUAAUGUGGAAAGUACAAACAAGUUGAUCUGUUCUGAUAGAUAGUCAUUCAUAGAACUUCUCUGUUACUAUGUGCAAGGUUUACACAGGUUGUUUGAAACUUGCUUUGAAAACAAUUUCUUUACUUUCUGAUAUAACUAUAACACAGGACAAAAUCCACCAGUGGUGACUUACCAUUACAGAACUAA